CUUCUCGGUCUUCGUGAUCUUCGUGAAACGUCAUUUUACUCGCGCUGACAGUUGACAAGGUUUGCGGAGUUUCCUUAAAAAUCGUAUUUGAUUCAACUUAAAAAUGGAUGAUGCUGAACCGAGUGGAUCGUCUACGCAAUCGCUGACAGCAAAAUAUCAAGAAAAAAUGAAACGACUCAGGGAACUUCACGCUAAGAGGAAUGAAGCCAGAAUGCAGAAUCACAAAGAAGUUGUAGAGGAGGAUAAAAGGAACAAGCUACCUACCAAUUGGGAGUCUCGCAAAAGACAGGCUGAAUGGAUAAUGCAGGACGAAGCUGCUAGGAAAGAAGCAGAGGCUAAAGGCGAAGAUUACGAACGAAUGAAAUUGUUGAAUAUUGAAGCCACAGAAGCGGAGAGAAUAGCUAGAAAAAAGAGAAGCAAACAAAAUCCAGACCCAGGUUUCUCAGAUUAUGAACAAGCAGCGAUACGAUCAUAUAAUAGAUUGGUGAAGAAUAUCAAACCAAACAUGGAAACAUACGAAGAAGCAAAGAAGAAAUUAGGGCCUGCCUUUUAUGGGGACCGAAAUACAAUAUUGCAUGGUUUGCAUGAAGAUAAAAAAGAAGCGAUAGACAAAAUGGUCACCAAUUUGGAAAAGCAGAUCGCAAAGAGAGAAAAAUAUAGCAGGCGCAGAAUGCAUAACGACGACGCGGAUAUCGAUUACAUCAAUGAACGUAAUGCAAAAUUCAAUCAAAAACUGGAAAGAUUUUAUGGAGAGUAUACCCGGGAGACAAAGUUAAAUUUGGAGAGGGGUACAGCUAUAUAAUGACGGAAUAUAUGUUGUUAUAAUUAUUAUAAAUAUACUUUGUAUUUUACAUAUUAUGCGAUAAUUUUUAUACAAAUAAGAAUCCGAAGAAAAUAAAAUUUUGCAGUUAAAUCUUUUGUUAUUAUACCAGCGCUUAAUGCGCAUUGUUGAUGCGACAAUUUAAAUGUUCUAAAAGUUCCUCUGUAAGAAAAGAAAUAUAAUAUAUCAGAAAAUCCAAUCAGUUACUUGGUGUCAACUUGAAAAGAGAGAACUUUACAGCGAACUAUUUAACUAAUAACGCGCAAUGUACACACUAAUUGCAAAUAAAAAAUUAAAUUAUUACAUUA